GUGUUGGUCAAGGCGUGGCAUUCAACGCAGUCACCGUAGCUGUUGCCAUGCACUUCAAGAGUCAAUUCAAGACAGCCUAUGCCGUGGCGUAUGCCGGGGGUGGAGUGGGCGGAAUAGCCAUACCUCCGCUACUUCAACUGCUACUGGAAGCCUACGGCUGGAGGGGCGCCAUGUUGGUGAUAUCAGCGAUUGCAGCAAAUUUGAUCGGGCUUAGCGCCCUCUGUCGACCUCCAAGGAGUAAGCGUUGCUUGCAUGCGGAAAAUACUCUGGAAGUUCAGAUGCAAAGUUCUUUUGACGAAGGUAAGCCAGAUGGCUCGAACGUAAGAAACGAGGACCUCAGUGUGUCCGACGCUGACCAUCUGGAAGUCGGGAAUAUUGCUGGAGGGCGCCUUGCAAACUCGACCACUGAUGACAUAACAGAAAUCGUUUCACUCGAAACAGGCUCUAAGUCCACGAGACUGACCCAUCACCUGCGUCACUUCGCCUCCGCCGUAGGGUCGGACCUCUUUGUCAAAAGCUAUCGGUUCACCCUUGUGUGCCUCUUAAAGAUCGAACUGGGCUUCGCUAGCUACAGCUGUUCGCAGUUCAUCAUUCCGCGCGCCGAGGGCACCGGUGUAUCACCCUCCAGUGCCGCCCUCUUGCUCAGUGUGUUCGGCAUUGGGCUUCUGCUCGGUCGCCUUGGAAAUGGGCUGCUUAUCAUCUCGCGACUAUCUGUUGAGACCGUGAGCGGCCUCUGUCUUUCCACGGCCGGUGUCUCGCUGCUGCUGAUGAACGUGGACAGUUAUGUGUCGAUGGCCGUGGCUUCCUUCAUUCAGGGCUUGACAAGUGGAGCCAUAUAUACUAUUUUCAUUGUCUUGACUCGCCAUUAUGUGGGCUUGGAGCGCUUCAGCGUAGCCUUGGGAAUGACCUGUAUAUUUACUGGUAUUGGCGCUUUGUGUGGACCUCUGAUAUCCGGCCUGCUGUAUGACGUGACGAGCAGCUACAAGACAAUCUUCUACCUACUUGCCGGGGUGUACUUCGCCGGAGCAUUGCUGACGCUGUUCUUCCCGCUGUUGAAACGUCUGGAGCCGGGGGUUGAGAACACCAAACAUCGCUGAUUUCAAACAAUGGUGUCGCAUUGCACAUCUAAGACCAGCAGUAGGAAAACAAUGUGUGGGUUUAGGCUUCUCGGUCCCUUUCUGCCUUCUUGUGGUUCCUUGGAAAAUCAUCCCGUGGUUUUACAAAAGGUAAACCAUCCCGUGGUUUUACACUAUUAACCCAGAAAACUGCACAAGGCCUACUUUUCUACAAUUUCUGCGUAAUUUUUGAGAAUCACCAUUUUCUUAAACUAACAACUUAUACUAAACUGUUAAUUGGAACUGUUUAUUACGGUCCUUGCAAAAUGUAAAGAACUUUCUUUUUUUUAGAUGAGACAUUUUCAUAUAAUUCUGUUAACUAUAGCGUCUUAAAAAAACCUUAUAAUUACUCCAACUUUUGUGCUAAAAACAAACGUUCACAUUUCACAGGUUCCUCAUUCAAACAUAGCCAAAUAAAGUGGUGAGAGCCCCUUUAACC